AUGGCGGAUACCAAAGCGGUCACGAUCCGUACGAGGAAGUUCAUGACCAACCGUCUUCUCUCGAGAAAGCAAUUCGUUAUCGAUGUCCUGCAUCCAGGAAGACCGAAUGUUUCCAAGGCGGAGUUGAAGGAGAAACUAGCAAGGUUGUAUGAAGUGAAGGAUCCAAAUUCCAUCUUUGUUUUCAAGUUCCGCACCCAUUUUGGAGGGGGCAAAUCCACUGGUUUUGGUUUGAUCUAUGAUUCUGUUGAGAAUGCAAAGAAGUAUGAGCCAAAGUACAGGCUGAUCAGGAAUGGACUGGAUACAAAGGUGGAAAAGUCAAGGAAGCAACUCAAGGAAAGGAAGAACAGAUCCAAGAAGAUCCGGGGAGUAAAGAAGACCAAGGCUGGUGAUGCUGCCAAGGCCGGGAAGAAGAAAUGA